AUGAAGAAACCAGAGGUUGAUACCAACACUGUUGUCAAAUCUAUCAAGCAAAGAUUCUCAAGCGUUUUUGAACAAUGCAUUGGUAAAACACCCAACUUUACAUGCUCUAUAAAACUAAAGGAUAAUUCAAGACCUGUGUACUUAAAACCCAGACCAGUACCUCAUGCUCUUCGAGAAGCUUUUGAGAAUGAACUAGAUAAACUUGAAAAAGAAGACGUAAUAGAGAAAGUGGAUCAAUCUGAGUGGGGAACACCGAUUGUUGUGAUUCCAAAAGCAAAUGGAGCGGUCCGUAUUUGCGCGGAUUACAAGAUAAAGGUGCAGUAUCUGGGUCAUAUCAUCAGCAAAGACGGUAUCCAGAAAUCACCAGAAAAGGUGAGGGCAAUCCAGGAUGCUCCCCGUCCAACAAAUAUCACAGGAGUGCGUCAAUUCCUUGGACUAGUACAGUACUAUUCAAAGUUCAUCAAAGAUGCAUCUACACUGCUAAAUCCCUUACAUCAGCUUCUAAGGAAAGAAAAACGUUUUCACUGGUCCCAGGAAUGUGAAAAAGCUUUUACUUGUGUUAAAGAAGAGAUAGCAAGUGACACAGUCCUUACUUCAUACAACCCAGACUUACCCGUGAUACUUGCUACAGAUGCUAGCCCUGUUGGCUUAUCAGCUGUGCUGUCUCAUAAAAUGCCAAAUAAUGAAGAGAGGCCUAUUGUGUUUGCCAGCAGAUCCCUCACUGCUGCAGAGCGCAACUAUAGCCAAUUGGACAGAGAAGCAACUGCUGUAUAUUGGGGGUGUAAAAAAAUGUUCGAUUAUAUAUACGGAAGGAAGUUUACUCUUGCCAUUGACAACAAACCACGGAUGACCAUAUUUCAUCCAGACAAGAAACUACCAUUGUUUACUUCAUCCAGGAUGCUUAGAUAUGCUCAUUUUCUUUCAGGAUUUGAUUAUGAGAUUGUACACAAAAAAUCAAACGACCACUGUAAUGCAGAUUACCUCUCAAGACAUCCCUUACCCAUAAAAGAAGAGAAUAUAAAUGUGGUUGACGAAGAUUACACUGUUCGAAAAGAGACAAUACACUGCAUAACAACUGAUACUAUCAUGGCUAAAGACAUAGAAAAAGAAACAUCACUUGACGAAGAACUCUCUCGCUUAAAGGAAAAGCUCCUAAACGGAGAAGUCGCUGACCCAGAAAUAUCACUUCAAGACGGAAUUAUUUUUAGAGGAAAUCGUGUUAUCAUUCCAAAAAAGCUACAACCUAAAAUCCUCCAAGAAUUACACUCAACACACGUAGGAAUAGUGCGGAUGAAGAGUCUGGCAAGAAACUACUGUUACUGGAAAAACAUUGAUACAGAUAUUGAGAGUAUGGUGGCAAGUUGUAAGGCAUGUUGUGAGAAUAAGAAAAAUCCAGAGAAGGCUCCUACCCAUGUUUGGGAAAUACCAAAACGCAAUUGGCAGCGAGUCCACAUGGAUUACGCAGGACCUUUUCUAAAUCACAACUUCUUGAUUGUUGUAGAUGCCAGGUCAAAGUGGCCAGAUAUAUAUCCGAUAAAAAGUGCGCCAACAACUGCCAGUACUAUUCAUUACCUCAGAGAAAUAUUCAGUCACCAUGGCCUACCAGAAAUAUUGGUCAGUGACAAUGCCCCAAUUUUUAAAUCUGCAGAGUUUCAAGCAUUCUGUAAACGCCAAGGAAUAAGACAACGAUUCAUUGCACCAGGAAACCCCUCUACAAAUGGUCAAGCGGAAAUAUUUUGCCAAACACUCAAGACAAAACUGAGGUGCAUGCAGUUUGAACAGGGCACUUUACAUGAAAAACUAUGUGCACUAUUAUUUCGGUACCGAGCAACACCACUGAGUACUGGUGCAUCCCCAGCACAAUUAAUGUUUGGCAGAAACUUGAGAACCAAGCUAGAUCUCUUGAGGCCUGGCGAAGAUGACAAAAAUGAGGCUCAACAACCAAUAUUUAACAAACAUUACAAUAUUGGGGAGAGAGUACAAUCAAGAAAUUACGCAGGAUCCAUUCUGUGGAAAUUUGGAACUGUGGUGGAAAGACUGGGACGACUUCACUAUCUCGUAGAAAUUGAUGAUGGCUGGGAAGGAACUAUAGACACUGAAACAUCGGGUCCUACAGCAAGCACUAUGCCUAAUAUUGAGGAAAAAAGCCCUAUACAUAACAAUGAAGCGUCAAGUACAAUCCAUCGUACAAGCAGCCGACAAGAGGCCGAAGAGCCAAGUACACAACAAGACGCUGAAGUGUCCAAAGCAAACUCACAACCAGAUGUUCCUGUCCCUAAAAUUCGCCGCUCAUUGAGAAUCAGAAAACAAAUUAAAAGGAUGAACUUGUAA